AGAAAUUUAUUUCAUAAAUUAAAUAAAAGUGUAUAAAACAUUUUGAUAUUUAUUUUAAAUUAAAUAAAUAAACGGGAAAUUGAACAAACCGUUCGGGUACUGUGUGAUUCGUUGUGAUUUAUUUACGAAGAUAUUUGCUACUUUUCGUUCAACUUCGUCUCCAAAUGGAUCUUCAUGACCUUUUACUCAAUGACGAUUUAGAUUUUUUGGAGAUUAUUGAAUAUGGGUAUCCAAGAAGGAUUUAUGAUAGAGCAGAGCCUUAUCUGAAUUUGGACAACUUGUCCUUUUUCAGAAAAUUUCGCUUGACAAAACCUACAGUUUUAAAUUUAUUAUACGAAAUAGAAUCUCUCCUUGAGUUUCCGAACGAUUUAAAUAACAGCAUUUCUCCAAUAAACCAACUGUUGACAUGUAUGCGAUAUUAUGCCAGCGCUGGACAUAUAACUAGUGUCGCAGAUUUCAUGGGCAGGCAUGUUUCUACAGCCUCAAGAAUAAUUCUUAGAGUAUCAGAAGCACUAUGCACUUUAUCUGAUAGGUAUAUAAAAAUGCCCAGUAAUGCUGAACUUGUUAAUGUACCACAGCAGUUUUACCAACAGGCUUUGUUUCCCAGAGUUAUUGGAUGCGUUGAUGGAACCCAUAUAAAAAUUCAAUCUCCAGGAGGAGAGGACCCCGAAGUUUUCCGAAACAGAAAGGGGUAUUUUUACAUUAACACUCAAGUCGUUUGCGAUAGCAACCUAAAAAUCAUGGAUUUGGUGGCAAGGUGGCCGGGAUCUACACAUGAUGCCACCAUUUUUAUGAAUUGUGCAUUGAAGGAAAUUAUUUUCCAAAUUCUCUGUUACUAGGUGAUUCCGGAUACCCUUUAAAAUCAUACUUGCUAACCCCAUUGGCUAAUACUGGAACUAGGACUGA